CUCUGUCUGAAUAUAAACAUUCCAACUGUCUAUUUCACCAGAGAGUCUCUCUAUCGGAACAUGCGAAUCAUCUGAGAAAGCAGACUCUGAAGCAAAUGAGUAGGAUCUUGACGACAAAACAGGCUGCUCGAGGCUUCCUUGCUUUAGGAGAGUACUUCCAGAGGCUUCGUGCUCUAAGAGAAGAGAACAAAGAGAAGAGAAGCACAAGAAAGAAGAGUCAACUUCCUCGAGUGAUGUUAACUAGGGACUUGUUUAUAUGUGAGAGAGAAAGUAGUUGGAGAUAGAGAGUGAUUGAUUCUCCAUAAGAGAAUCAUCUUCCUCAUUGAUGUUUUGGUGUUACUUCGAGUGCGUGCGCCUGCGGCCCUGCGUCAUAUUCCCCGGAGCAAGAAUGCUCCGACGGACCAUCUUGCAAAAGAGACUAGGAUCAAAGGUUUUAUUUUCUCCCAUAUAGAUUAGAUCUGGUCAGAUAAAGGUAUUAUUCGGAGAACUUUACUCGUUUGACCAUCACUUAGAGCAUAAUUAACCCUAUAACCUUUAUGGGUUUCUUAAAUUUUAUUUUUUGUCUGAUUAUAAAAAAAAAAAAAUUUAAAAGCACACCAAUCGCAGACCGCCACGUGUCGAUGGGAUCCGUGAACAGUACAAAAAACCCACCACAAUAGAUCUUUAUCUCACGCCUUCUGUCACCGGUUUUAUAAUUUUGGUGGAGUCCACACACUAAUUUUGCUAAAGAAAACCUAUUAACAAACUCCGAUAAUCAUGGCUGUAGUUUAGUUAAAUGGAUAGCCGACAAAAAGCUUCAGAUAAUGAAUUGAAUAAAGAAAAUGUAAAAUUUGGGUGUUUAAGUGUUGAAUUGAAUAAAGAAAAUGUAAAAAGUUCUUCAGAUAACUCUUCAGAUAACCGUCUCGUCUGACCAUCGUUUGUUUCUCUUUCUUUGUCACAAAGGUUUUUGUCGUCAUCGUUUUGUUUCUAGUACCCACUUUCUUCACUAAUGGAGAAAAAAAAUAAAAUAAUGUAUCCACUUUUCGUCCUUGACAUAAAGUUUCACUAUUCUUAUGUGGUGGUGAUGAAUUUCUCUGUUGCUUAUCAGCGAAGGUUGUUUCUUUUUACCCUUUGUGUUAGUUCUUUGUUUCCGUGUUCAUGUUAACUCAUUAUAAUCAUAUAUUUUCUCUUCAGUGAUUGUAAGAAUCAGAUACUAUAGUUAUCUAGGACCAUGAACACAGGGAUUGUUGCAUUCGAGAGGGAAUACAGGCUCUCCCUGGAAGAGCAGAACCGGAGAGUUAAUGAGAUUCAAACAGCACUCCAAGCUCAUAUAAGUGACACUGAGGUCCAAUUACUAGUAGAUUCUUGCUUGAACCACUACACCAAUCUCUUCAGAAUCAAAGCUGAUGCUGCAAGGGCUGAUGCAUGCUACUUGGUAUCAGGGGGGUGGCAAACUUCAACUGAACGUUUAUUCCAGUUGAUUGGAGGUUUUCGCCCAUCCGAGCUGUUAAAUUUUUGUGUUGCCACACCUUCCUCCACUAACUGAGCAACAACUCUUGGACGUUGGAAACCUCAAACAGUCGUCUCAACAAGCAGAGGAUUCUCUCUCUCAAGGGAUUGAUAAUUUUAAGAAGGUUUUGGCUGAGAGCAUAGCAUUUGAUAUAACAUCUUUGGACUCCAGGAAUCAUGAGGCUCGGAUGGCUGCAACCAUGGAGAAUCUUCAAGCAGUGGAGUGUUAUGUGAAACAGGUAAAAUCUCAGUAUUUGAUUUAUGGUCUACAGUUUCUUUAUUAUCAUCAGUUUUCAUAGUGCUUUACAAACAUCUGAACUGGAGAGGAUUCGAACAUACAACACUUGAGUUUGGCAAAAACCAAGAAACCUAGUGUCUCUUUUGUCUCUAUAAUUAAGCAUUCAAGAUGUAUGUCUUAUAAGUGGAGUAUAUCUUGUCUCUCUACGGGAAAAGCUGUAUUGGAUGGCCUUAUAUGUAAUGCGCACGUUUGAAAUCUUGUGUGUUGUGUUUAGUUUU